AUCAAGUCGUGCCGGCUGGAGCUCAGCGUUAAGAACAAGGACCGCUGGUGCCAUGAGAUCGACAUCAUGAAGAAGUUGAACCAUCCCAAUGUAGUAAGAGCCUGUGAAGUUCCUGAGGAGAUGAACUUUCUGGUGAACGAUGUUCCUCUGCUGGCCAUGGAGUAUUGCUCAGGGGGUGACCUGCGGAAGUUGCUAAACAAACCAGAAAACUGCUGUGGACUUAAGGAAAGUCAAAUCCUUUCUCUGCUUAGUGACAUUGGGUCUGGUAUCCAAUAUCUGCAUGAAAACAGAAUUAUACACAGAGAUUUAAAGCCUGAAAAUAUUGUUCUUCAAAAUGAAGGUGGGAAGAUUGUGCACAAGAUAAUAGACCUGGGCUAUGCCAAGGACCUGGAUCAGGGGAGUUUAUGCACUUCAUUUGUUGGAACAUUGCAAUAUUUGGCUCCAGAGCUGUUUGAGAACAAAUCCUACUCGGUGACAGUUGAUUAUUGGAGCUUUGGGACGAUGGUGUUUGAGUGCAUUGCAGGGUUCAGACCCUUCUUACAUAACCUACAGCCAUUCACCUGGCAUGAAAAAAUCAAGAAGAAGGACCCAAAGCACAUCUUUGCCUCUGAAGAGAUGAACGGGGAGGUUCGCUUCAGCACCCACCUGCCACAGCCUCACAGCCUCUGUGGUUUGAUUGUAGAACCCAUGGAGAAUUGGUUGCAGCUGAUGCUGAACUGGGAUCCACAACAGAGGGGAGGAGGUUCAGAUCCUGAGACUAGUCGUCCUAGGUGUUUCCUGAUAAUGGAUCACAUACUGAAUCUUAAGAUAGUUCACAUCCUGAAUAUGACCUCUGCCAAGAUUGUGUCCUUCCUUCUGCACCCUGAGGAAAGCCUUCACUCCCUUCAGAAUCGCAUUGAGUUUGAGACUGGGAUAAGCUCUGGGAAUCAGGAACUGCUGCUGGAAACAGGGAUUUGCCUGGACCCUCGCAAACCUGCUUCCCAGUGUGUCAUUGAUGGCGUGAGAGGCUGGGACACCUACAUGGUCUAUCUGUUUGAUAAGAGCAAAACUGUCUAUGAUGGUCCCUUUGCUUCUCGGAGCCUGUCUGACUGUGUCAAUUACAUUGUCCAGGACAGCAAGAUCCAGCUGCCAAUCUCUCAGCUGCGCAAGGUGUGGGCAGAGGCUGUUCACUAUGUCAUUGGGCUGAAGGAGGACUACAGCAGGCUCUUCCAGGGCCAGAGAGCUGCCAUGCUCAGUCUCCUGAGAUACAAUGCCAACCUGAUCAAAAUGAAGAACAACAUGGUAUCAGCAUCUCAGCAGCUGAAAGCCAAGCUGGAAUUCUUCCAUCAAAGCAUUCGCCUUGACCUGGAGAAAUAUAGUGACCAGAUGGCUUAUGGCAUAUCCUCAGAAAAGAUGCUCAAAGCCUGGAAGGAAAUGGAAGAGAAAGCCUCACUGUGUGCACAGGCAGAAGACAUUGGCUACCUGGAUGAGCAGAUCAUGGCUCUGCACACAGAAAUCGUGGAGCUCCAGAAGAGUCCCUAUGCAAGGCGCCAGGGAGAGGUCAUGGAGAGCUUGUGA